AUGGAAUCUGCGGAAUUGAGUAUUGUGACUCCAACAAUUCCAAGCAAUAUUCAUCAACCAUAUUCUGAAGGAAGAAGACUAUCUGCUACAUCGCCUCUGCUCGAUAGUGGAGUUGAAUUUCAAGUUUUGGAUGAAAGUAAAAGUCCAUCAACUCCCUCAACAACAACAACAACACAAUCAAAUCAUCGGAUUUCCUCUCCAAAAUCUCCUUCUUCCAUACAAGUGCCAUUAUUCAAUGAUGAAAAUAAUAAUAAUUUGAACAACAACAAUAACAGUGCAACUUCAACAACAGCUCCAACGAUCGGAAAGAUUCUCGAUGAUCAAGAAUUUAAAAUAUUCUCGCACUUGUCGAAACUUGGUCGAGGAAAACAUGACGCUUCCGAUUCGUUUGCCGAGGAUACUCCGUUUUAUACGUAUGAAGAAGGAUUCAAUUCAUCUCUAAAGGAUGGUCAUAGUAGUGCGAAUUUGACUGAUACAACCACAACGGUUGAGGAACACUUGGACUCCACUAAUACAACAACAAUAACCAGUGGUUCUUCUCCUAGUUCAAAUUCAAUUAUAAGUUCAAAUAAUUCAGCAACGUCUAGUGGUGAUCAGUUGACUACCCAAAUUCAAAUAUUCUCAAAUGCAACUGGCGAUGGAGAUUUAAUUUCCGAUGCUCCUAUUCAAAUUACGGUGGACGUGGUGACAACAACGACUACUACAACAACCACGAAUAACAAUGAAGAAGAACAUACUACUUUUGUAUGGCAAGGAUCCUCCGUGACCACUACAACGGCAGAAAUUCAAUAUCAUCCAAGCAACAUCAAAUCUAUUGUAAAUACAUCAGUCGUAUCAUUUGAGGGAGAGGAUGAAGAUGAAAAGCUGAACGCUCCUCCUACUAUCAAACAAAUAAUUCCUGGAAAAGACCCUUUAAGAGGAAGUACAGUAAUUCAAAUAGAUGAAGAACAUUUUCAUGAAAUUUCCUUAGGAGAAAUUCCUGCUCUAGACAAGUCAGCAAAUCAAGUCGAUGACGAAGAAGCGCAUUAUUAUGAAUCCAUGUCGUGCUUCUCUUGCUUUGCGCAACCAAUUUCAUAUUUAUGGAAUUCAAUUUUUGAAACUAACCAAACCGAACUAACUACGAAUGAAAAAAUUGUCACAAACUCUGAGAAGAACUUCCAUUCGAAUAAUCAACCUCAAGAAGUGUAA